AUGGGCCUGCUUCCUUUCCUGCGCCCCUUCCUCCCUCUCGUCCUCCGUGCGUGGCUCUGCACCGCCGUCGCACUCACCUCGCUGCUGCUCUUCAUCCCCCGCUUCGGCGCGCUCACCACCCUCCUCGCUCAAGGCGACCUUAAGGCGCUCUUCCGUGCGACAGGUGUGGUGCUGGCACUCGUAGCAGCCCGGUCAGCAGCGACAUACUGGCAGGACGCAUGGCUGUGGGAGGCAGCGAGCGGCGUCACUCUGGCCGUUCGCUCCCAGGCGUGGCACCACCUGCUGGGGGCGGACCUGGGGUUCUUUGAAGGGCGCGGAGGUGGGCGGGUCGGAGGGGGAGAAGGAGGGCGAGGAGGAGGGGGCGCAGGUGGGAAGGGAAGAGGAGGGGGAAGGGAGGCGGAUAAAGAGGCGGAAAUAGGUGCAACAGGAGAGGCUGCAGCAGUGCCAGGAGAUGCAGUAGCGACAGCACCAUCGGCUGUAGCAACAGGGGACCUGGUGUAUAGGUUGACGGCAGAAGCGAGGGAGGUGGGCGAGGUGGUGUUUGCUGUGCUCAAGGCGGCGGUGCCAGCUGUCUGCCAGGUGGCAGUCAUGCUGACGCGGAUGGUUCAGCUCAGCCCAGUGAUGACGCUGGCGACCCUUUGUGUGGUCCCACUCAUGUCAGUCAUCAUUGCCACACUCGGGGAGAGAGUUCGCUCUGUCUCCUCAGAAGCGCAGGCGUCCAUCGCGGCCCUCUCAGCGCGGAUCACCGAGGUCCUCCCAGCCAUGCUGCUCGUCAAGGCACACGCAGCCGAGCCCUACGAGGCGCUCCUGUUCCACCACCUGGCGGAAGCUGAUAGGUCCGCCCGGCUGCGAAAGAAGCGGCUGAAAGCGCUGUUUCCCGAGGCGAUCACGGCGGCGUAUGCGGCGGCAGUGGUGGUGCUGUUUGGAGUGGCCACGUGGGCAGUGGGGCAGGGUGGGCUAACGGGUGCCGGGAUCGUCUCCUUCUUCACGUCGCUUGUUCUUCUCAUCGAACCCAUUCAGGUGAGGUAG